AUGUGCCACUCUCUCACACUCUCUCUCUCUAUAUCUCUCUCUCUCUCUCUCACAUACACACCAAAGCGGUCUUUCCUCUAUUUUAUCGUCUGCUUCUUCUUUCUCGUUUAUUUUCUCGCUUGCGUUUGGUAUUCUUUUACUUAUCAAAAUCUUUCUUUCGUUCUAUCGAGAAUUUCGUCUUCCGACGCUUUUUUUUUUGUUUUCAUAUCUACCUCCUCUUUUAUUUUCUCUUCUACUUUUUUCCUUUUCAUUUUCUUUCAUACAUUUUAUCUUUCAUUGUCUCUUACUUUUAAUAAUUUCACUUUUCUUAUCGAUAUAUUCAAUUCUCUCUCUCUCUCUCUCUCUCUCUCACAUUUCGCCCUUUCCUUCUUCGUUUUCUUCCCUACCUUCUCCUUGCAUUUCUCUCUGGCUUUUCACUUCUUACUCUUAUAUAGUUUCUGUUAUGGUCCAGGUUAG